CAGUUCGUAUUUUAACGCCAAACGAGUCGGUUGUGUGCUCGGUUAAGAACGUAAAUGCGAUAAAAUAAUUUCGAUCAAAUUUACUUGAGUGUGUGUAGGUUGCAAAUAUUGCUUUAAAUGAAUUUAAAAAAAAAUAACUAAGCAACAACGCAAGUCAGAAAAGCUAUUGACUCUUUUAAAAAAAUUUGUGCCGGUUACAAAUACUGCUAACAAAAUAGGCAAAAAGUAAACAAGUUUCAACUUUUAACAAAAAAUGGCAGAAAAUAUAUCUACGCCUGUUAAAGACUUUUAUGCUGGUCGUAAUGUCUUCAUUACUGGAGCUACAGGUUUUGUUGGUGUAACUAUUAUAGAGAAAUUGUUACGUGAUAUACCCAACAUUGCCACUAUAUACUUAUUAAUGCGCCCCAAAAAGGGAAAAUCUGUAGAACAACGUUUAGAAGAUAUAAAAAAUAAUUCGGUAUUUGAUAAAUUCAAAGAAUCAAAGUUGGAAUCACGUUUCUCAAAGCUUGUACCGAUCGAGGGAGAUGUUGGUGAAGAACAUUUAGGAAUCUCCGAAAUCAAUCGUCAAAUUUUAAUUGAAAAUGUGCAUGUAGUAUUCCAUUCGGCUGCUACUUUGGAUUUUUUCCAAACUCUUAAGACAACAACAAAUAUCAAUUUGCGAGGCACAAGACGUGUUGUUGAACUAUGCAAGCAAAUACAAAAUUUACAGGCACUUGUGCAUGUUUCCAGCGCUUAUGUUAAUUCAUAUAUAACUGAAGUGGAAGAAAAGUUAUAUCCAUCACCAGAUGAUCCCGAAAAGGUUAUACAUUUAGCUGAAACACUUACUGAUGAAGCUCUUAAAGAUUUGGAACCGAAACUACUUAAAGAUCAUCCCAAUACUUAUACAUUUACAAAACAUCUCGCAGAACAUGAGGUGGCUAACGUAGCUAAAAGUUUUCCAUGUGGCAUUGUACGUCCCAGUAUGAUUACGCCUGCUUGGAAGCAACCUAUACCAGGUUGGACUAUAUCUAAAAAUGGUCCACAAGGUUUCUUUAUGGGCGCUUCAAAUGGUAUUCUACGUCGUUUGCCAUUAGAUCCAUCUAUAAUUAUGGAUUAUAUACCGGUUGAUGUGGUAGUCAAUGCAAUUAUUACCACCGGAUAUUAUGUUAAUGCGCUGAAAAUUAAAAAUGGCAAACCAGCGGAAUUACAGAUAUUCCAUUUAACUUCAAGCACCUAUAAGCCAUUCCGUUUUGAAUUAUUAAUAAAUAAAAUUAAUCGAUUCCUGCAUGACUAUCCAUUGGUUUCAGCAGUUUGGUAUCCAAAUCUUAAGCUAGUACGUAGUCUCUUCCUGUUUCGCUUGGGCGCCAUAUUAUUUCAUUUCAUUCCCGGUUACAUAUUGGACUUUGUGACAAAACUGAGUGGUGGUCGACCAAUACUUGUGAAGUUACACAAAAACGUAUGGAAUUCGUUAAGUACUCUGGAACGUUUCAUUUUUACGGAAUGGCAUUACGAUAAUAGACGCGCGCUUGAAAUGGCUAAAAGUUUGGAUAAACUGGACCAAAGUAUCUUCUUCCUUGAUAUUGGUGAGUUAAGUUGGGAUGAAUACUUCCAGAACACAAUCUUGGGUGUGCGCCAAUACUUAAGCAAAGAAUCACCAAAAACCUUAAAUGCUGCAAGAAAAAAAGAUAAAGUACUCCUGGCAAUGCACGUUGGCUUGCAAUUAGCUUUCUAUUACGGCUUCUUCAAAUUAAUCAUUCUCUUGUUUGGCAUAUCCAAUGCAAAGGCCGCAUUAUUGUUGCCUGUGGUUUACUACUUGUUGGGAUUACUUUAAUUGAAUAAAUAAAUUAGUUAUAAUUCUAAGUUAUUAAUUCAACAGGCUUCAAUGUUUUUCUUCUUCAUAAUUUAUAUUUAUACACAAAUAGUUUUAGCUCUGGUUUAAAAUAAACAAUUUGU